UUAACAAUCGUCGUGUACAAUAACUUUCUUGUAUUUUCGAUUUCGAUUCCAAAAUCUUUCUUCCAACUUCUAUCACUGUCAGACGAAUCAUACUUAUACGUUUUCAUCAUGCGAUUCUCUUUAGUGGCUCUGUUGGCCUACAACGCGGCAUUCACGUACGGGCUAGCGAUCCCUGAGACUGACGCGAUCAAACGUGAUGUUUCUCCAAACCGAGCAGCCGUUCGAGAUUUGAACGCAAUCUUUCCUCGCGCACCGACGUGCGGAACACUGGAAUUGAAAAUCGAAAAAUCAGACUGCGGUUCUUCUAAAAAUGGAAAAAGACAAGCUUGUGAGCUUCCUGCUAAGUCAUCAGCCUUUUCUUCUGUCAAAUCGUCCACCAAAUCCGCCUCAAAAUCCGCUUCCAAGACGGCUUCUGGAUCGACAGCGAAGUCCUCUGCCAAAUCCGCUUCUAAGACGGCUUCCAGAUCGUCUGCAAAGACCUCUGGUAAAUCCGCUUCUAAGACAGCUUCCAAAUCCACCGCCAAAUCCACUGCCAAAUCGACUGCCAAAUCGACUGCCAAAUCCGCUUCUAAGACGGCUUCCAGAUCGUCUGCAAAGACCUCUGGUAAAUCCGCUUCUAAGACAGCUUCCAAAUCCACCGCCAAAUCCACUGCCAAAUCGACUGCCAAAUCGACUGCCAAAUCGACUGCCAAAUCGACUGCCAAAUCUACGGCAAAGUCUACCGCCAAACCUUCAAAGACAAAAUCGGCUUCAUCCCCCAGCAGAACAUCUGGAUCAAAAAAGCAUGUCAGGAUGGGAUACCGAGGCCUUGAUGUCACCAACCAUAAUGCGGAAAAGAAACAUCUAGCAAAACGCGUCACCCAUGUAGUCAGCAUGGGCCAAAUCAAAGCCGCUAGAUGGGCCAAUGGAGAUAGAGCAGUUUCUGGAGGGUUUUCUGGAUGUACGGGUGUUUUCUUGUUCGAUAAGAAUGGGGUCGUACUGGGACACCUGUCUCCAAAAGCCAAGAAGGAGGAUGGUUCAGAGCCAGACAGCGAUAUCUCGGACGAGGAAAACGGUGUCGUAAACCCUAAUGCGCCUUACUUCAAUGAACAAGAGAUUGACACCGCCAUCCAAGCACUUCAACGAAAGGCUACUUCAGUUGGCAUUGACUUGAACAGUGGCUUGAAAGGCGGGUAUUUCAUUGACAGGAAGGGAGCCCCAGAAGUCGCAAGAGCUCUCGACACUGCUUUUGCGGCAUACAAACCUCUGAAGAUGGAAAGAUACGAUGCAGAAGACGGAGCUCAAAUGUUCGACCUGGUUCUUGACAGAAGAAUCUGGCCCGUGAAGGUUAGCUUCAAGAAGAUCUAG